AUGCGAGAACCCACGGACAAGUUAUGGGGAGCGGCGGCGGGCGGCGGCAACUGGACAGGCGUGGUAGGCACUCUGCAGCACGAAUUGGCAGACCUUUCCAUGGACCUGACACUGACGCCAGGCAGAGCAGAGGUGGUGGAGUUCUCAAGGGCUUACAUUGACGAGUCCCUCGUGAUUCUGUCGUCCAAGCCAAAGCCUUUGCCUGAGUACCUGUCGGUGGUCAGACCCCUUGAAGGCGAGGUGUGGGGCGCCAUCGUGGUGUGCGUGAUGGUGUGGGGCACAGUGCUGUGGGUGAUGGAGAGACUGUCGCACUGGAUAAGUGGACGCCGCUACCUCAGCUUCACGUCCUCCAUCUUCUACGGAUGGGGGCUGCUGCUGGAGGACCACCCCUUCGAGCCGCCUCCCAGCCCGCCUAGCCAGAUGCUUGUUGGAUGGUGGCUUCUCGUGUACCUCAUCUUAUCGACAGCCUACAGAAGCUCGCUCAUAUCUCACUUGGUGGUGGAGAGCAAGUCCUCGGUCGUUAACAGCAUGGAGGAGCUGGCGGAGCGGGGCAUGACACAGGGUUGGGUAUGGGGCGUGCCAGGAGCUCCAAUGACAGGUGCCUUCAGACCGUUCUUUGCCUCGAGUCCCAAUCCGGCAGUACUUAAAGUCUACGAGCUCAUCAAGAUCGUAGAGAAAGAAGAAGGAAUGAAGAGAGUUAUGGACGGUGACUUCGCCUACAUCGACAACUAUUACUUCAUCAGAACACUGGUGUCCACGUACUACACGGACAGGACAGGCUACACCCCCGUCCACAUCAGCACCACCCGCUACCCGCUGUACGGCGGCAACGCGUGGGCAUUCCGCAAGGGGGCGCCUUUCCGAGCACGCAUCAACGAGGGCAUCCAGCGGUUCAUAGACGCGGGGCUGGUGGCGCUGUGGAUGGACGAGGUCAUCGUUACACAAGUGAGGAAGGAGCGGCAGGCUUUGCAGGAGCGAGGCGAAGGGACGCAGCUUGCUCUCGUCAAGGCCAGCGAGGAGCAGGUGGUGCUCGGCUUGAGUCACCUGCAGGGUACAUUCUACACUCUCAUCCUGGGACACACUUUGGCUUCCCUGUCCUUCUUCUGGGAGAUUGUGCUAAGGCGCCGCUCAUGACAACACACACUACUGUCCAACGCUCACCACGCCACGCUCACCUCUCAAUGGAAAGUGUUUGUCAUUAGUUUUGUACAUUA